UUCAUCCGCAGGAAGCCUCUUCUUGCCUCUGCAGUCCUGACGGCCCGCAGUGCCUGGUGCGUGUGGCUGCUGGUUCCAGGAAUCCCAAGCUUUCCAUUGGCAGAGAACCCCACUGAGCUGGCCCUCUCGCCAAAAGGCCACCCCCACAUCCUCCGGCGCGCAGACAGUCGAGGCUGCUCUGCUCGGAGAGCGCGAGCUCCCGUCGCUCGGCUGCUCCUGUUUUCAUUGGCAAUCGCUCGGGUUUGAUCUCGCGGAAACAAAGUGCUACAGUCUUGGGUUCGGCUGCCGGCUCCUCCAUCGAUCGCGCGCUCUCCCCACCCCAAGAUGGCUUUAACCGCUUCGCCGCUGCAAGCCUAGCAGCGAUUCCUCGGCGGGAUGUCCUGAGGAUCUUCAGAGGGAAGCGAGGCACGAAGUUGGAGGACACGUGUUGAAGCCCUGAGGUUUUUAAUUUCUCGUCCUUCAGGGCCCUGGAGAGGAUACUGGAUGCUCUCCCCUGCUGUUCAGAAUCAGUUGCCUGUGGAUUAUGGGUACAACUGCCAGCACGGCUCAGCAGACAGUGGCAACAGCAACCUUUGAGAACGUCCACGGCAACGGAACCAUGGAGGAUCGCACUUCCCUCAGCAUUCACUCCUUCCAGACAGUUGGACUCCACAACAACAAAGCCAAGUCAAUCAUCACCAACAAGGUGGCCCCUGUGGUCAUUACCUACAAUUGCAAAGAAGAGUUUCAGAUUCAUGAUGACUUGUUGAAGGCCAGCUAUACUGUGGGGCGGAUUACUGAGUCUACUCCGGAGCACUACCUUGUACAGGGUAAAUAUUUUAUGGUCCGUGAUGUAUACAGCAAGUUAGAUGUCUUAAAUACUACCAGCACCUGUGGGGCCCCAAACUUUCGUCAGGCCAAAGGUGGAUAUUCAGUAUUUGGAAUGGGCCAGCCAAGCUUCAGUGGGUUCAAGCAGGUCCUGCAGAAACUGCAGAAUGAUGGUCAUAAGGUCUGUACAUGGACGAGUGUGAUUCAGAUGCACCUCUUUGUGUAGGCAAGCCAGAAUGGGAAUGAGAGUUACAAGACAGAUCCUUGGAUACAGCUUGGAUGUAGGCAGGUGGGGUUUGCUUCUCACAUGUUUCUGAAAGCCAUGGUAGACCUCCAUGUAUUUCCUGGUAUUCUAUGCUUUCUUCUAUAAGUUCAGAGCUACACUGUGGUCUCAAUGAAACUUGCAAGACUGCGAGAGGAUGAGGCUUCCUGGUGAUCUGCCAAAUCCUGCAGUUGCUACAUCACUGUGGGACUGUUUGGAGCAGAUCAAAUUGCUGAUGCCAGGCCUUAAAGGACCACGGGAUUCCCCAUGCUCCCAUUUUAACACAACAUGUGAAGGGGCCAACCAGCUUCACUGCCCUGUAUGUACCUUGUUGUUGGUGUUACAUUUCUAUCAUGCCUUUUUCUUCUUGGAAGAAGCUCAAGAUAGCUUACAUGGUCCUCUUCCUCUCCAAGUUAUCCUCACAACGACCUGGUGAAGUAGUUUAGAAUGAAGGAGAGUCCAUGCCUUGCCCAAAGUCAUCCAGUGAGCUUCCUGGCUGAGUGGGAACUAGAACCCGGAUCUGCUGAGUCCCUGUCCGAUUCUGUAACCACUGUGCACACUCGGCACAGAACUCCUUCAUGCCUGGGAGAUCCUGGGUGAAUCAGGGUCCCUCCUCAUAUGUAGAGGAAUUCUGUGUAUGUAUCUCUGUGCCUGUAUAGGGCUCUUUGCAUGGCCACUGAUUAUGUGUUUGGCACUCAUAUUGGCCUCUGGUGGAGCUAUGCAAAGUGACCUACAUGACCUCCAUCUUAUUUUCAAGGUAUGGUGGCAUCAAGUGAACGCAGGCACGCACAUCCUACCUCGUGCUUAUGUAUCUGUUAGAUUCCAUUUUUUAAUGCACAUGUGGACUUUCAAAAGAAUGAUGGCAUUUCAAUAUGUUUCCAGUAGAGCAUUUAUUAUUGCAGUACUAGGUCAGGUGUAUCAAACCUCUUUCUACUCAAGUGCCACACUCCAUUUUGAAGAAGCUUGCUAAGUUCCAACUGGGCAAAAGGGAGUGGAGCCAGGGAAAAUGGGGGGACCCUGUGGAAGCUGCGUCGUAACAAGGGCAGAUUUGGCCCCUGGCCCUGAGGUUUUGCAAGCCUGCUCUAUAAGCUUUGGUUGGCAUGAGCUAUUUGGUU